CGCUCCGCCGGCGCUCCUCCACCGACCAGGAGCGCUUCCCCCGGGCUCUGCGUGAAGCUGAAAACACGGUCCGCCUCAGUCGGUCAGCCCCCAUCGCCGCCGCCGCCGCCAUGCUGCUGGCGGUGUUCGCACAGCGGAAUGGAGUCGAGCAGGGAGCCUUAAACGCGCGCCAUGAAUGACAGGUACCACAAAGCGGCCCGGGACGGCUACCUGGACCUGCUGAAGGAGGCGACCCGCAAGGACCUGAACGCACAGGACGAGGAUGGCAUGACACCGACGCUAUGGGCCGCUUAUCACGGCAACCUGGAGGCUCUGCGGCUGAUCGUGGGCCGGGGAGGAAACCCAGACAAGUGCGACAUCUGGGGAAACACACCCCUCCACCUCGCCGCCGCCAAUGGUCACCUCAACUGCAUUUUCUUCCUGGUGUCCUUCGGGGCCAACAUAUGGUGCCUGGACAACGACUACCACACGCCGCUGGACAUGGCCGCCACGAAGAACCACAUGGAUUGCGUCCGAUACCUGGACUCCAUUGCUACCAAGCAAACAGGCCUCAAUCCGAAGCUGAUCAACAAGCUGAAGGACCGGGCGUUCCGCGACGCCGAGCGGCGGAUCAAGGCGUGCGUGAAGAUGCAGAAGAAGCACCACAAACGGAUGGAGCGAAAGUUUCACAAGGAGGCGUCCGAGGCGUCGGCGUCUGAUGUAAUGAGCUUCUCCAGUUACAGCAGCAGCUCCCUCAGCCACAAACUACGCAACUUUAGCACAGCCACUGCCAGUGUGCCAUAUUCCCAGGCGACUCUCCACGCCACAAACCGGGGCAAAACAAAGAUCCAGAAGAAGCUGGAGAAGCGGAAACAAGGAGAUGGCACCUUUAAAAUCUACGAAGAUGGGAGGAAGAGCGUGCGCUCCCUCUCCGGACUUCAGCUGGGAAAUGAUGUCAUGUUUGUCAAACAGGGGACCUACGUCAACCCGAACCAGCGCGGCCGCCGCAACGUCCGCGACAUGUUCCCCAGAGACAACGACGACGCCAUCUCACGUGCCAUGAGCGAGCCCGACCUCCACGGGACGGACGUGGAUUACUCUGAGAUCAGCACCGACUCCGGACACGAUUCCCUGUUCAACCGGCCGGGCCUGGGCACCAUGGUCUUCAGGAGGAACUACGUCAGCGGGGGGUUGUUUGAUCUGGGCGGCCGAGACGCGACCAGCGAGAGUCAGUCGCAUCACAACGUGCGUUUACGGAGUCGGCUGCAGCAGUACCCCAGCAUGGACGAGGACAGCAUUGGCAGUGCGCGCAGCCUUCAGGAGAGGAACCGGGAAGAGCUGCCGUGGGAGGAAGUAGAGUUAGGGCUGGAUGACGACGACGAGCCAGACACCAGCCCUCUGGAGGUCUUCCUCGCCUCUCAGAGCAUGAGUGAGUUUUAUUCCAUUUUCAGGCGGGAGAAGAUUGAUCUUGAAGCGCUGCUGUUGUGCUCUGACCAUGACCUGAAAAGUAUCCACAUUCCCUUGGGGCCGAGGAAGAAGAUCCUAGAUGCAUGCAGCAGGCGGCUGGAGACGAUCGACGACCCUGACAGCAUUGAAGACACUGAACUAUAAUAAAAGUGGUGGAUGGUCAUCCCACUGUGCGCUCAACCAGCCUUAAAGGUCAGUGAGGCGCUGUGGAGUGAAUGUCACAUAUGAGCAGGAAGGACAUCGUGAUUUAGCUCUGCUGUUAGCUCGGUGGUAACAAAGCAGAAAGGACACUGUCGGGAUGAAUAUGUCAAGCAAAAAGAGACGAGUGCAAGACUCGUUCGGAAGAGGAUUCCUUUACAGUGACUUGUUAGCAUGGGAACGUCGCUGUAAAUAUCUCUUGGGGCCGGUUGGCCGGUCGGAGUCCCCCCUCCUCCCUCCGCGCUGCCUGGAUUCACAAAGUGAAAGACAAUUAUCAGAGUGCAUUGAUGUGCGGUGUCAUUGUGCGCUAUGCGGCGCCGCUAACAGAGAGUUGAUUGUUGGGUCUGUGGCCCCUGAACAUGUUUUCCCCUGUGGGGUAAGCCUCGCCUCCUCAUGUGCCUGCAUCGCUUGUGCCUGUGCGUUUGCUCAAACCUGUCGUUUAUCGUUCGAACCCCAGCAAGAACUCUUUCAGUAACACCCAUUUGAGCAGCGUUCACAUUUUGAAUAUGGUUCAUUGCUAAAUACAGCCAAGUGUGUAUUGAGGUCACUUUUCUGAUUUACUGCAGUAUUGUAAACUGUGUGAAAACACAGAGCUGUUUAUUUGUAUUUUAUUGCAAUGUGACAUUUUAUAUGACCUUAAACCGACACUGAAAAUUGUAUUACCUUUUGUGCACCACUCCUCAGUUAGUCUGAUAUUUCUCCAACAGUCUCUACCUUUUCUAUUUUUUGAUAGCAUCGUCUGCACAGUAACAUAUGUUAUGUCACAGCUAUCUUUAACAAGUGUAUGUGGAUUUUUCUGUAAAUAAAAUGUAAGUACUAACA